UGCGCCGGAAUCCGUAUUCUACAGAGAGACGAGUAUUGGCUUCCCUUUCGAUAUCCUCGCGUAUAAUUUCCUGCUAGAUACUGCCCAACUAAGGAAAUUCCUACCUUGACGGAUUCGACGUAACAAUGGCUGCUCAAUCUAGGCCUCAGUCCUCUGGUGAAACGGCGUCUGGAGCGCCCACCACCACAGCAAGCCCUAAGGCUAGAACUAUUAGCGAGGAGAAAGUCACAGGCUCCCGAUAUCACUCUUCCGACUCGGGCAGCUCCGUCGUUGAGACUUCCCAAAUCGCUACCGCCGGGGAUCACGACCAGGAGAAGUCCGGAGCUCUCGCCAAACACGCAGCCACCCAGUCCCAACAUAGUGAUCCUAAACGGCAGAUACAGACACGAGAAGACGGCGCCGAAUACCCUACGGGCUUGAAGCUUAGCCUUAUCUUUUUUGCACUAUGCCUAAGCGUCUUUCUGAUGGCUCUCGACAAUGCCAUAAUCGCUACCGCUAUCCCCAAGAUCACCGAUGCGUUUCACAGCCUUCCUGACGUGGGUUGGUACGGAAGUGCAUACCUUCUCACCACCGCGGCCCUUCAGCUACUCUUCGGCAAACUAUACACGUUCCUGAGCCUCAAAUGGGUCUACCUAACCGCCAUCGGCGUCUUCGAGCUCGGUAGUCUGAUCUGCGGCGUCGCUCAGAAUUCGGUCACGCUCAUCAUCGGCCGCGCCGUCGCCGGCCUCGGCUCCGCGGGCCUCAUGUCCGGCGCCCUGCUGAUCCUCGCCCAUAGCGUCCCACUAGCUAAGCGGCCCAUGUAUACCGGUAUCAUCAGCAGUAUGUACGGAAUUGCCUCCGUAACUGGCCCCCUCCUCGGAGGUGCUUUCACAGACAAAGUGAGCUGGCGGUGGUGCUUCUAUAUCAACCUACCCAUCGGCGCCGUAGCCGCGUCGGCCAUCGCCGUCUUCUUCCCGGACCCGCCGCCGUCGCGACGAGGGGGACUCUCCAGCGACGAGACCCUGCUCCAACGCGUGAGGCACUUCGACCCGAUCGGCACCGUACUCUUCAUGCCGGCCGUGAUCUGCCUGCUGCUGGCCCUGCAGUGGGGCGGCGUGGAGCACCCGUGGAACAGCGGCCGCGUCAUCGCGCUGUUCGUCGUCGCCGGCGUGCUGCUGCUCGCGUUCGCGUACGUCCAGCACGUCCAGCAGGAGGACGCGACGGUGCCGCCGCGCAUCCUGCGCAAGCGCACCAUCUGGGCCAGCGGCAUCUUCACGUUCGGCACCGGCGCCGGCUUCUUCGUCACGGUCUACUACGUGCCCAUCUGGUUCCAGUCGGUGCAGGGCGUGUCCGCCGUCGGCUCCGGCAUCCGCAACCUGCCGAUGCUGAUCAGCGUCGUGCUCUCCGCGAUCGCCGCCGGCGCCGCCGUCACCGUCUUCGGCUACUACGCGCCCUUCAUGAUCCUCGGCACCGUGAUCAUGUCCGUCGGCGCCGGCCUGCUCUCCACCUGGACCCCCGACGCCACCGCCGGCGCCUGGAUCGGCUACCAGGUCCUCUUCGGCGUCGGCAUCGGCGUCGGCAUGCAGCAGCCGCUCGUGGCCGCGCAGACCGUGCUCGACAUCCGCGACGUGCCGACCGGCGCCGCCGUGCUCGUCUUCGUGCAGACCAUGGGCGGCGCGCUGUUCGUCAGCGUCGGCCAGACCGUCUUCACCAACAAGCUCGUCUCGGAGCUCGCCGCACGCCUACCCAGCCUCGACCUCUCCGCCCUGCGCAACGGCGGCGUCACCGAGGUCCUGCGCCUUGUGCCGCCGGAGAGCCUAUCGACCGUCAUCUUGUCAUACAGCAACGCGCUGACUGCCACCUUCCUCGUCGCCACAGGCCUGGUCGCCUUCACCGUCUUCGGCAGCGCGGCCAUCGAGUGGAAGAGCGUUAAGGGCCGGAACGUCGAGGCCGCCGUGCCAUAGACGCCGGGGGUCCAAUCUCUUCAUCAGUCUUAAUUGCGCGUAUAGUUAUGCCUCGGGGUGCUGUUCCUGGGUUGUGAUGUUUUCGUGGUCAGGUCACACAUAGAAACACCCUUGACGACUAUUAGCGAGGACAAUAGACGGGUUGAUGCUUGUGGAGAGAAUGGUGUCGAUGUCUCUGGCCCACGAGACUUGGUUUCGGCAUGCCGGACUUGGGAUACGGCGUUUUAAGGGAGAGAAGAGGGAUACCCUACACACUCGAGCAACAUGGGAGGGUGGAGGGCAAAUUCAACUACAUACGAAAAAAAAAGGCUAUGGGUCACAUACACAGAUACUCCUCUUAAUACACAUCAGAUUGUCCCACACUCUCCGAGAGAAAAAGGUUAGCAACUCCGGCAAUGAUAGCG